GGGCAGGCACACACACAGACAGAGAACCAGAAAGACGUACAGCACACGACUGAACGCAACGCAAAGACAGGUCAAAACCACCACAGGCAUGUCGUUCCAAGUCACCGGCUGGUUGUUCAGCACAAGCAGCUUGUCCUACCCUCCCUACGAAGAGGACGCAAUCGUGUCCGAUUCGCCAUUGGUCGCGGUCUCCUGGUCGGUCGUGACUGGCUCCAUCUCCGCCACGUUCUCUGAGUUGGCCGCUAGGCGGGCGGCAGCCGUCGUGGUCCUGACGGUUGGCGGCUUGGUCUUUGGGGCCAGGGAAGGCACAGCCUCUUGGAAGCGGAUCGUCAUGCUGUUGCUCUUGCCGGUAUUGGCCAUGUAUUUGGCGCUGAUGGACUCCCAGUCGAUGACAUCGUACAAUCGUCUCGUCGGUACGUCGAUGUGACGGGACUUAGGGAAGCGGCCGGUGACGUCCACAUGAAGCUUGCUCUUGAUGCCCUUCUCGCCCCAAGACACCAUCCCGGUAGUCGCGUUGUAGAAGCCCUUGAUCUUGAAUGCUCCGUCGGCGUCGGUUCCCCCGCCGGAAACAGUGCCGUCGUACUCGAAUGUGAGCAUGUACUUGGUCGUCCAGCUGUCGCCGUCCUCCUGGUAGGUGCCCACCCACACGCCUGACGGAGGGGGCGUGGCGGUCAGUGUGGGCUUGAUGCGCCUCCUCCGGGUGUAUGCGAGACGACUGGGCAUGAGCAUCUUGACACCCCAGAUGAUGAGAAAGAUCAGGCCGACACCGCCGAUGAUCCCGCAGAUAAUGGAAACACUCAUGGCAGCGGUGCCGCUCAGGCGACCACUAGACCCGAAGCCUGCUCCAAACCCUCCACCUCCACCACCACCACCUCCACCGCCACCUCCGCCGCCCCCUCCCCCCUUCAGACGGCGGUUCUCCGCUUCGACGAGAGUGGGGAUGGCUGACAGGAGCAUCAGCGUGAUCAGAAGCACCGCCACCACAUGAAGGAGGCGCCGCAUCGCCAUUUCUUCUCCCCUCACUGUCCGAGAUGACGCAGAUGGAUAAGCUGGGUGGAUGUGGCAGUUGCACGGGGACAGACGAAGAGGAGCAAGGAGGGAGCGCUGCAGCGCUAGACGAGAUGAUAUGGAGAGGAGAGAGAGCAGGUCGGUGGACUGGCGAGAUGUAGCAGAUCCAGUGACUGGCGGUCGCUUCUCCUCACAGGCAAACGGAUAAAUGUCUGCGGCCGUGAUGCGUUGGCGGGGAGGGGAGGAAGGUGAGAACUGAAUCCCCAG